AUGGCAACUGCUAAAUCCGAAAAUUAUGUGAUCGAUGAAGUGAUCGUAGAAGAUUCACUUGUCGGAAUUUAUAAAGCUCGACAUAUUUCAACAAAUGAAGAAGUGGCUAUUAAAAAAAUUAAAGUUGGCCGUCAUGGUGAAUAUACAGAUUGGGCUGAACCAGCAGCUGAAAAUGAAAUGCAAAUGUUACGAAAAUUAGAUCAUCCUAAUGUUAUUAAGUUACUCGAUUCAUUCUAUACAUCUGAUUCAAAAGUAGCUGUUUUAGUCUUUGAAUUAAUGCUUGCUGAUCUUGGUCGUUUAAUUCAUUGUACCGAUAAUCGUUAUUCUCAUAGUCAUAUCAAAUGUAUGGUUUAUAUGAUGCUUUCAGGUCUUGAAUAUAUUCAUUCAUCAGGUAUCAUGCAUCAAGAUAUCAAACCAGGAAAUAUUAUGAUUGAUUCUCAUGGAAUAAUAAAAAUUGCUGAUUUUGGUAUUUCAAUAUAUGUUAAUGAUACAUAUCGAAAACUUCAUCGUUUACCACCAGCAUGGUAUCGUUCACCAGAAUUUUUACUUGGUGAUCGACAAUAUGGUACAUCAACAGAUAUAUGGUCAUUAGGUGUUGUUAUUGGUGAAUUAAUUAAUCGACAUAUUGUAUUUCCAAGUAAAAGUGAAAUUGAACAAAUUUUAAUGAUUUAUCGUUUACUUGGUUCACCAAAUGAUAAAACAUGGCCAGAAGUAAAAACUUUUAAACAUUUUUUACAAUUUCAUGAUGAAAGUUUAUUAAAUAAUGAAGAAACUUUUGAAAAAAAAUUUCCAAAAGCUAAUGAACAAGAAUUAAUUCUUUUAAAAAGUUUACUUGUUAUGAAUCCAAAAUAUCGAACUACAGCUAAACAAGCUUUGGAAUCUUCUUAUUUUACAACUGGUCCUUCACCAUGUAAACCUGAAAAUAUUCCACGUUUAGCGGCACCACGACAUCGUCAUAGUCGAAAUCCAUUUCAUAUGAAUGAUUUAAAUGCAAGUGAUGAAAAUCUUCCAAGUGAUUAUAGUCAUUUAAAUAAUGAAACAAAACGACAACUUUUUUCACCAUAA